GGCCCCGCCCCGCGCGGCGCACUCUGGGAGAUGCAGUUUUCUGAGCGCACACCGUGCGGCGCCGUACGCCGACACUCCCUGUGUGGCGAGACUGCAGCUCCCGGCAUGCAGCGGAGCCUCUGGCGCACACGGGCACCAUGGCGGCGGCGCGAGGCGGAUUGCGGGGACUGCUGAUGGCUGUAAGAGCUUCGGCGUGCCCUGCCAAGGCCUGGGCGCGGCCGGACGCCCGGGGCACACGGCUCUUUGGGCACAGCUGCCCCCGGCCAGCCGGACAACGCGCCAGGCAGGAGCCCGGCAGCGGGGGGCUCCCCGAGGGGGUGGAGUACAUCCCCACCCGCAAGAAGGGCAAGAACCCGAUGAAGCCGGUGGGGGUGGCCUGGUACAGCCUGUACGCCCGCACACGCCUGGGAUACCUCUUCUACCAGCGGCAGGUGAAGAAGGCCCGGGAGCGGUACCCGCACGGCCACUCCGUGCCCCAGCCCUACUGCUUCCCUGGGGUGAAAAUCCUGCCCAUUCCCGUACUCUCCAACAACUACAGCUACCUGGUCAUCGACACUGGCUCCAGCCAAGCGGCUGUCAUCGACCCCUCUGACCCGCUGGCUGUACAGGCUGCCAUCGAAGAAGAGGGGGUGAUGCUGGAGGCCAUAUUCUGCACACACAAACACUGGGACCACAGCGGAGGGAAUGAGGCUCUCUGCCAGAAGCACAGCUCCUGCAGGGUGUAUGGCAGCGCUCUCGAUGCCAUCCCACGGCUCACCAACCCGCUUGCAGACAGGGAGAAGGUGACCGUGGGCUGCCUGACCUUCGAGGCGCUUGCCACGCCUGGCCACACCGUGGGCCACAUGGUCUAUGUGCUGGACGGGGGCCCCUUCGGCAGCCCCCCCUGCCUCUUCUCCGGGGACCUCCUCUUCCUUGCUGGCUGUGGCAGGCCGUUUGAGGGCUCCCCUGAGACCAUGCUCGCCUCCCUGGACCUGGCCAUGGGCUUGGGCGAGGACACGCUGCUUUGGCCAGGCCACGAAUACGCACUGGAGUGCCUGACCUUCGCCACCCUCCUGGAGCUGGACAAUUCCGCGCUGGAGGAGAAGCUGCAGUGGGCAGUGCAGCAGCGCCAGGAGAAGAGGAGCACGUGCCCCUCCACGCUGGGGGAAGAGCAGACCUACAACCCCUUCCUGCGGACGCACCGGCCGGAGCUGCAGGAGGCACUGGGAAUGUGGCAGGACAGGGGGGAGGACCCUGAUGCCUUUCGUGCCCGUGUCCUCAAGGAGGUGCGGAGGCGCAAGGACCUCUACCAGGCCACCUAGAUCUCCCCCACUGCCCGGGUCCCCCCUUUCCAUGGGGCCGGGUGAUGGUUGAGCCCAAGACUGUGUGGUUUGUUUUGCUGUGAAUCUCCCUCCUGGGGUGCAGGGUAGGGGGAGGGGGAAGAGUGGACACCCCCUUAAGUGGCCACCCCAUAAGUGAUCCUUGCCUUUGCUCCCUCGAACUUGGGGGUCACCAGCUGUCACGUAGCAGCACCUCAAUCCCCUCUUGGGGGGUCUGUAGCCCCCCACCUCACUGCUGGGGCUAUAGGAAUGGCACCAAGGGCUUCUCCUACAACCCCCCUCCACUCCCCACUCCCCCGUUUUUCUGGGAGUCUCCAAUUUCCCCUCCACCACCACCACCACUCAGCCCCCUCCCCUUAAGCUCCCAGUGUUGUGCAUCUCCUUUGUGGGGGCUGGGAUGGAGCCAGCAAGGGGAGGCGGGCCGGCAGUACUACCUCCAGGCAAGGGGCUCCUCUGCAGCACCCCAUCCUUGACGCCGGAGCCCCCCUGUACAUACACGCACACGCACACACGCACACACACUGGGACGGGGCCAUAGGAUCGCACUGCUGGGGUGUGGGGGGUGCUGCUUCACUGGGCAUCGGAGCCACAAUCACCCCCACGCCCCAAAUAAAAGACUGGAUCGGUUUUA